AAGGAAAAUAAAGUAACGUCAGACAUAGUGAAAUGACCUGAUGUUUUAUCUCACAGAUAAAGAGCUAGGUUUGUUAACUUGCCAGUACUAGUACAUCAAAUCUGCAAGAAAUAUGAUCUCCAUUGUACUAUUCGGAUGCCUUCUAAUUGUCCCUGCAUUGGGAGAUCAAGGACUGAAAGCUGUAGAUUUAUUUCAUCAAGUGGACAAAAACGGUGAUGACCGUUUAACAAGGGUCGAUCUUGACGCUAUAUUCCUUCUGUUCGAUACCAACAAAGAUGGCAAAGUGACACCAGAUGAGUUCGUUGCAGAUUGGCAGACGUUUAACCUUGGUAAUCAACAGGAAGCUCAGACCCUCUUCACAAGGGCUGAUACAAAUGACGAUGGUUUUAUCGAUUCAAAUGACAUUCCUGCCAUAUUUGCUUUCUUCGAUCAAGAUGGGAGUGGUUUGGUAGACAUCAGUGAGUUUCUUACCCAGUGGGAGGCACUUCAAACGGAGCCAACUAACGAAUCUAACGUCAGCGUUGAUCUGACUGGCUGAAUAUAAAGCACAUGUGUUUUUGCUUUGCUUUUAUUCGUGUUUGUACUUUGUAGAUGCUUAUGCGCAAAUAUAUAUUGAUUUGUCACUGUU